AUGCCCUGCGCCCCGGGGAGCCGGCUGGCGCCCCUCUGGGUGCUGGCCCAGCUCCUGAGCCUCGGGGGCCCGGGGUGCGGGGCGCGCGCUCCGCCCGGCCAGGUGCCCGGCCAGGUGCGCUUCCGCGACCGCAGGCAAGAGCAUUUCGUCAAAGCGCUGCCAGAGUACCACGUGGUGGCACCCGUGCAAGUGGACGCUCAAGGGCAUUUCCUGUCCUAUGGCUUGCACCCACCCUUCGCCAGCGGCAGGAGGAAGAGGGACGUGGAGCGCCCCGAGGACUGGGUGUACUACAGGAUCUCCCAUGAGGAGCAGGACCUGAUGUUUAACUUGACGGUCAACCAGGAGUUGCUCUCCAGAAGCUACAUCGUGGAGAGGAGGUACGGGAACCUGUCCCACGUGCAGAUGGUGGCUUCCUCCGGCCCCCCCUGCCAUCUCCGGGGCACAGUCCUUCAGCGGGGCACCAGGAUCGGGACUGCAGCCCUGAGUUCCUGCCAUGGACUGACUGGAGUUUUCCACCUACCACAUGGAGACUAUUUCAUUGAGCCUGUCAAAGAGCAUCGCCAGGCCGAGGGCGAGCACCACCCACACAUUGUCUACAGGAGGCAGAGGAAGGAGCCAGCCUGCGCACUACAGGACAGCCCCGGCAUCUCCCAGACGCUGGAGCUGCGGCGAGAGGAGUGGGAGAGGAACGCCUUGCCUGGCAGACGCAUCUCCCGGCGCUCCAUCAGCAGGGAGAGGUGGGUGGAGACGCUGGUGGUGGCCGACACCAAGAUGGUUGAGUAUCACGGGAGCGAGAACGUGGAGUCCUACAUCCUCACCAUCAUGAACAUGGUCACCGGGCUGUUCCAUAACCCCAGCAUCGGCAAUGCCAUUCACAUUGUUGUGGUUCGGCUGGUUCUACUUGAAGAGGAAGAGCAAGGCCUGAAGAUAGUGCACCACGCCGAGAAGACCCUGACCAGCUUCUGUAAGUGGCAGAAGAGCAUCAAUCCCAAGAGUGACCUCAACCCUGCCCACCACGACGUGGCCGUCCUUCUCACCAGAAAAGACAUCUGUGGCGGCCUCAACCGCCCCUGUGAGACGCUGGGCCUGUCCCACCUGUCGGGCAUGUGCCAGCCUCACCGGAGCUGUAACAUCAACGAAGACUCGGGCCUGCCGCUGGCAUUCACCAUCGCCCAUGAGCUCGGACACAGCUUCGGCAUCCAGCAUGACGGGAAAGAGAACGACUGUGAGUCCGUAGGCCGGCACCCCUACAUCAUGUCCCGCCAGCUCCAGUACAACCCCACCCCGCUGACCUGGUCCAAGUGCAGCAAGGAGUACAUCACCCGCUUCCUGGACCGAGGCUGGGGGUUCUGUCUCGAUGAUAUGCCCCAAAGGAAAGGCUUGAAGUCCAAGGUCAUCGCCCCUGGAGUGAUCUAUGACGUUCACCACCAAUGCCAGCUGCAGUAUGGCCCCAAUGCUACCUUCUGCCAGGAAGUGGAAAAUGUUUGCCAGACGCUGUGGUGCUUGGUGAAAGGCUUUUGUCGCUCUAAGCUGGACGCUGCUGCAGAUGGGACCCGGUGUGGCGAGAAGAAGUGGUGUAUGGCUGGCAAGUGCAUCACGGUGGGGAAGAAGCCAGAGAGCAUCCCCGGAGGCUGGGGCCGCUGGUCGGCCUGGUCCCACUGCUCCCGGACCUGCGGGGCCGGGGCCCAGAGUGCCGAGAGGCUCUGCAACAGCCCCGAACCGAAGUUUGGCGGGAAGUACUGCACAGGAGAGAGGAAGCGCUACCGCCUGUGCAACGUCCACCCCUGCCGCCCGGAUACACCAACCUUUCGGCAGAUGCAGUGCAGCGAGUUCGACACGGUGCCCUACAAGAAUGCGUUCUACCACUGGUUUCCGGUUUUUAACCCAGCACGGCCCUGUGAGCUCUUCUGCCGACCCAUCGACGGCCAUUUUUCCGAGAAGAUGCUGGACGCGGUCAUUGACGGUACCCCUUGCUUUGAAGGCGGCAGCAGCAGGAAUGUCUGUAUUAAUGGCAUAUGUAAGAUGGUCGGCUGUGACUACGAGAUCGAUUCCAACGCCACAGAGGAUCGCUGCGGAGUGUGCCUUGGGGACGGCUCUGCCUGCCACACCGUGAGGAAGAUGUUUAAACAGAAAACAGGAACUGGUUAUGUGGACAUCGGACUGAUCCCCAAGGGAGCACGGGACAUCCGGGUGAUAGAGGUGAAGGGAGCUGGGAACUUCCUGGCCCUCAGGAGCGAAGACCCUGAGAAGUAUUACCUCAAUGGAGCCCUCACUAUCCAGUGGAAGGGGAACUACAAGCUGGCGGGCACCGUCUUUCAGUACGAAAGGAACGGAGACCAGGAGAAGCUCAUGGCUGCCGGCCCCACCAACGAGUCCCUGUGGCUCCAGCUUCUAUUCUUGGUUCCUAACCCUGGCAUCAAGUACGAGUACACGGUCCGGAAAGAUGGCCUUGACAAUGACGUGGAGAAGCCGACGUUCUCCUGGCAGUAUGGCCGCUGGACAGAGUGCAGCGUGACGUGUGGCACAGGAAUCCGCCGGCAGACGGCCCACUGCGUGAGGAAGGGCCACGGCAUGGUGAAGGCCACGUUCUGUGACCCAGAGACACAGCCCAACGGGAGGCAGAAGAAGUGCCGGGAGAAGGACUGUCCGCCCAGGUGGUGGGUAGGGCAGUGGGAAGCAUGUUCGGCGACAUGUGGGCCCCACGGAGAGAAGACGCGAACGGUGCUGUGCAUCCAGACCAUGGACUCUGAUGAGCGGGCGCUGCCGGCCACAAACUGCCUGCACCUGCUGAAGCCCAAGGCCCUCGUGUCCUGCAACAGGGAUAUCCUGUGUCCAUCGGACUGGACCGUAGGCAACUGGAGUGAGUGCUCCGUGUCCUGUGGCGGCGGUGUGCGGACGCGCAGUGUCACCUGCGCCAAGAACCAUGACGAGCCUUGCGACGUGACGAGGAAGCCCAACAGCCGGGCCCUGUGCGGCCUGCAGCAAUGCCCGACCAGCCGCAGGCUCCUGGUCCCCGGCCGGGGCUCCAUGCCCAGCGGGAGGAGGCCGCCCAGCUCUGGGCAUCACCCCCAGCAGCCCAUCCCGCCCCCAGCUGGCCCCAGAUCGCUGCCCACACCCACAGCGCCCGGGACCAAGGCCACCAGCACCAGGGCCACCAGCAGCCCUUGUCCCACCACAGCCUCCGGGGAGGGAGACCUGGGUGCGACACGGUGGCAGAACAGCUCCAUCCACACCGAGCUGGACACCCCUGACGCCGUGCCCACUGGGGCUGCCGCCCAGCCCAUCCUCCCGGCCUGGCCGCCGAGCAGCCAGCCACAGGGAGAGGGUGCCCCCAGCUCAGAGCCGGGGCCCACCGCCGAGGGGGGCCUUCUAGCCACAACCGUGAGCGGCUCUGACUGGGCAGUGCCCAGCAGCCCCGGGGCCCGGCGGGCGCCCCCGCCCCCCAGCACCCUGAGCGAGGAGCCGGACGCCGAGGGCCCCAGCGGCUCGGGAGCCGGCGGCGAGCCCCCUGAGGACAGGACUGCCGGCAGCGCUGUGCUGUGGACCCGGACCGCGGCCCCCGGGAAGGAUGCUUCCGUGGAGAGGAGCACAGACGUGCCCCUUGCAGCUCCGCCAACGCCCUCUCUUGGGGGGGCAUCCCUGUGGCCCCCGGUCAGCACGGUGCCAGGACGGCCGCCCAGCCAGGGACCUGCUACUCUCACAGCCGGGACACCCAGAGCUGAGGGGCCGGCCCCUGGGAAGCCAGCUUCCACGGCACUCCCUCCGGGGAGCGGCCCCCCGCCAGCACCCCCGGAAAAGUCAGGAAGCCACAGCGCCCCCCAACUGCCCGGCCGUGUGAGCCCCACGCAGAGCCCGGGGCCGGUCCUCACCGAGGAGGACGCAGCCGGCCUGAUGGCCGAGGGCUUCCUGCUGAACGCCUCCAGCUACCCGCAGCGCCCGCUCCGCAGCCCCGCGCGCUGGGUCGUCGGAAACUGGAGCGAGUGUUCCACCACGUGCGGGCUGGGGGCCUACUGGCGCCACGUGGAGUGCAGCACCCGGGUGGAUUCCGACUGCGCAGCCGUGCAGAGGCCUGACCCCGCCAAGAGAUGCCACCUCCGUCCCUGUGCCAGCUGGAAAGUGGGCAACUGGAGCAAGUGCUCCAGGAACUGCAGCGGGGGCUUCCAGAUCCGGGAGACUCAGUGCGUGGACAGGGAGCACCGCAGCCUGAGGCCGUUCCACUGCCAGUUCCUGGCCGGCGUCCCGCCCCCGCGGAGCAUGAGCUGCAACACGGAGCCCUGCGAAGAGUGGCAGGUGGAGCCCUGGGGCCAGUGUUCCAGGUCCUGUGGGGGCGGAGUGCAGAAGAGACACGUGGCUUGUCCGAGAGGCCUCUGUGAUUGGGCAGAUCGACCGGCGUCUACUGCCCCCUGCAACCAGCACUCCUGUUGUCACUGGGCCGCCGGGAACUGGGACCUGUGCACGGCUCCCUGUGGGGGUGGCUUUCAGAAGAGGACUGUCCACUGUGUCUCCUCAGAGGACAAUGGCACUGAAGGUCAAGACCAGUGCCAGUGUGACCAUGAACCCAGACCUCCCGAACGCCAAGAGUGCAACCCACAGGCCUGCAGGAAGAGUGCUGAUGUGCCGUGCACCAAGGACAACCUAUCGGCCGGUUUCUGCCAGACGCUGAGGACCAUGAGGAAGUGUUCGGUGCCCACCGUGCGGGUUCAGUGCUGUGUCUCCUGCGCCCAGGCCCACGGGGCCCACGCCCCACGGCCAAGGAAGCCACGGCUGCUCCAGAACCCCAAAGCGCUCUGA